ACCAGACCUCGAACCUCUGCCUGCUGAGUAUCUAGAUCUCUGGUAUCUGUUUUCCAGCUAUCCACUUUUUUAACACCUGGAGGAAACUGCAUCCCUCCCCCUCUCUAUUAGUAUUUGAAGCUUUUCUGGCAAGAUGAGACAGACGUUUGGGACACCGCCCAUCAAAGAGAACCUUUGUGCCUCUCUGUCUAGUGUCACUGUUGCUCUGUGUCUUAUCACUCUCCUCCUGAUGGCCAUCAGGGGCCGAAAGAGCCAUCGCAAAUCCCAAUUGGACCACACAAAAUAUCUUCCUCUUCCUGGCCCUACACCAUGGCCCCUUGUUGGCAAUCUGCUACAGAUGGGGGACCAGAUUCAUCUUUCUCUAACCCACUUGAGGCUCCAGUACGGCGAUGUUUUCAAGAUACGUCUGGGCUCUUUGACCAUUGUUGUCCUGAGUGGAUACAGCACCAUCAGACAGGCGCUGGUUCGGCAGGGAGAAGCUUUUGCCGGAAGGCCUGACCUGUUCACCUUUUCUGCCGUGGCCAAUGGGACCAGCAUGACCUUCAGUGAGAAGUACGGACCGGCCUGGAUGCUCCAUAAGAAGCUGUGUAAGAACGCCCUCAGGUCUUUCUCCCAGGCUGAGCCCAGAGGGUUUGGGGCCAGCUGCCUGUUGGAGGAGCAAGUCUGUGCGGAGGCAGCUGAGAUGGUGAAGGUGAUUCGGGAACAGGCUGCUGCCAAAGGAGACCAAGAAAAGACGGGUAUAGAUCCGGUGAGGCCCCUGGUAACCUCAGUGGCAAAUGUUGUCUGUGCCCUCUGUUUUGGGAAAAGGUACGACUACAACGACAAGGAGUUCCUCACAAUGGUUCACAUCAACAACGAGGUCCUGAGGAUCUUUGCUGCGGGGAACCUGGCAGAUUUCUUCCCAGUAUUUCGCUACUUUCCUAGUCCAUCUCUUAGGAAGAUGGUCCAGCACAUUCGAAGGAUGAAUGGAUUUAUGGAGCGGAGCAUUGAGGAACACAUCGACACCUUUGAUAAUAAGUAUAUCCGGGACAUUACAGAUUCUCUGAUUGAACUGUGUGAAGACAGAGAAGAAAAUAAGGAUUCCUCUUUGCUCUCCAACUCUCAGAUCAUUCACACCGUCAUAGACAUCUUCGGAGCAGGAUUUGACACCAUCAUUGCGGGUUUACAGUGGAGCCUGUUGUACCUGAUUAAGUUUCCAGACAUCCAAGACAGAGUACACCAGGAGAUAGACAACCACAUUGGCACAGCCAGACUGCCCAGGUUUUCAGAUAAGCCCAAGAUGCCUUUCACAGAGGCGUUCAUAUAUGAAGUGUAUCGCUAUGCUUCAUACGUCCCUUUCACAAUCCCUCACUGUACCACGAGAAACGUCAGUCUGAAUGGUUACUUCAUCCCCAAAGAUACAUGUGUCUUCAUUAACCAGUACCAAGUCAAUCAUGAUGUAGAUCUUUGGGCUGACCCGGACACAUUUCGCCCUGAUCGCUUCCUGGGUCCCUCGGGACUCCUCAACAAGGAGCUGACGGAGAAGGUUCUCAUCUUUGGGAUGGGGAAGAGACGCUGCCUCGGUGAUGGUUUUGCGCGUUUGGAGAUGUUUAUCUUUAUCACCACGCUGCUCCACGGGCUGCGGCUUGAAAAUGUUCCCGGACAGGAGCUGGAUCUCAGCACUGAUUUUGGACUGACUAUGAAGCCGCGUUCGUACAGGAUUACCAUCUCCUCGAGGUUUUAGACCAAAUGAUCCUCUGUGUGGAUGUUCCUGAAUGUCACAAAAUCUGAUUAUUAUCGCAUCAAGCCACUAUAUUUGGUAAUAACUCCACAGAGAUACACUCUCUUAUAUUAUUGUUCACAUACUGCAUUUUCUGUCUUUAUAAAUGUGAUACAAAUAUCAACCACAAAAGGGAAACAUUUAUGUGCAAAUAUGUUUCUUAGACAUUUAAAAUUACAUAGAAAUAGCAUUAGAUUUGACUAACUCAAUAUUUGUAUUUAACACACUAUUUAUGACAAUGGAAGUUCAUUCAAAGUGCCUCCGUGCCGAUACUUAGAGUCACUCUGACUUUUUGUCCCACCACAUUAAAACAAGCUCAAAAACAGCCGCUCAUUAAAUGCCUUUAUCUUAAGUUAUUAGUUACAGUUAAACACUGAGGGAGGAAGAGAUAUAGCCUCAGGCGUCAAACUGUGUUCACGCAGAGUUCAUCUUCACUCUCAUCGGCCCUCUCCUCCUCCUCAACGCUUUAACUUCUCUCCUCCAACUCUCUUAUCUCCUCAUCUUAUCCUCAAGGCAAACACUGUUGAGCCUACUCAUCUGCUCAAAUUCUCACUGAGUGGCUCUGUGAGGAACGAAAAUAUAUAUUAAGACAUGAAAGUUUCCAAUCCUUUAUAACAUGCUCCCCCUCGCCCAUCAGUGCUGUGCACAACCUCCCACACAGACAAGGGAGGUAAAGAGGACAGCACUGAGUGAAAUCAGGCAUUUCUCCUUUAAGAAGGUCAAUGUAAAGAAGCAUGGCCAAAUGGGUAAAGAGAAAAUAUUAGCCGGGCAGAACUACUUGUCCUUAAAUAGUUUGAAAGUUAGGAUGAUGACAGUGUAAUCUCUUUUUAACUUUAACUAAUCUACGGAGACCUCAUUGUCCCUUCCAGCAGAGUCCUACCUGUUUACCGCAGUUUCAGGACUCAGCAGUGUUGGCUAAUGAGUUGUUGAACAAUAGGUCACUUCAGUUCAGAGCAUUAAAACUGACAACCUUCUGGCCGUAGCAUUUUAUUAACCUUUAAAAAGUUCAGAAAAAGAUAUUAAAGAGUGUACAACUUUCAUGACCACAAUCUUAUCAAAUCCUGUCUUACUUAUUCUUACUUCACCUAGAUGUGUGGCUUCCCAGUUAAGAAAGAUGUGUGUGCAGUUUGAUGCUACGAGGCUGAUUAUACUACAACAUUUGUCCGUUAUCACACUACAGUAUAUGUUUGUAGCCAGAACUACUUGACAUCUUGUGUACAGUAGUUAAACUACUUAAACAUAUGUAUUCAUAGAUUUGUUUGAAGGGAAAAUGAGAAUAUUUAGUCAAGGAAAUACAUUUAGAUUUAGACAUACUUUAUUGUCAUUUCAACAAGACACAGAGUGUACUAUUAAAACAAAAUUUCGUUCACCAAAUUUUCAUUUGGUGAUUUGUGGGGAAUAACAGUUAUUAUUUCCAUGUUAAUGACACUGCAGAGAAUACAGGUUAAGUAGUCAUUACAUUGGUCAUGCAAUAUCAAAGUAACAUAAUAUGUAUCCUAGUAGAAAAUAAACACUUGGACUGGGAUGGCAAUGUUUUGUUUGUUGUUGUGUUUUGUGGUUUUGAUGAAAUAAAACUA